AGCUUGUCAGCUCGGAUGCCCUACCUCAAAUUUUGUGCAGUCAGACCUCAGGACAAGUUCACUCCCAGCGGGGGUGGAGGGAAACGCAAAGGCAAAAGCAAAAAGUGGAAGGAAAUCUUGAAAUUCCCUCACAUUAGCCAGUGUGAAGAUCUCCGAAGAACAAUAGAGAGAGAUUACUGCAGCAUAUGCGAAAAGCAGCCGAUCGGAAGGCUUCUCUUUCGGCAGUUCUGUGAAACUCGACCCGAGCUCGAGUGCUGCAUUAGGUUCCUUGACUCAGUGGCAGAAUAUGAAAUUGCUCCAGAUGAAAAGCUGGGAGAGAAAGGAAAGGAAAUCAUGAUGAAAUACCUCACCCCAGAGUCUCCAGCCUUCGUUCCUGAAGUCAGUCGAGAUCUUAUCCAACAGACAGAGGAGAAACUCGAAAACAGCCCCUGCAAAGAGCUAUUCUUUCACUGUACAAAAUCUGUCCUUGACCACCUCAGUGGGGAACCGUUCCAAGAAUACCUAAACAGCAUGUACUUCGACAGGUUUCUUCAGUGGAAGUGGUUGGAAAGGCAACCAGUAACGAAAAACACAUUUCGGCAGUACAGGGUACUAGGGAAAGGUGGCUUUGGGGAGGUCUGUGCUUGCCAAGUCCGAGCGACAGGGAAGAUGUACGCCUGCAAAAGAUUAGAGAAGAAGAGAAUAAAAAAGAGGAAAGGCGAAUCCAUGGCACUAAAUGAAAAGCAGAUAUUAGAAAAAGUCAAUAGUCAGUUUGUAGUCAAUUUAGCCUAUGCCUAUGAAACAAAGGAUGCACUGUGUUUAGUUCUGACCAUAAUGAAUGGAGGUGACCUGAAGUUUCAUAUCUACAACAUGGGAAACCCAGGCUUUGAGGAGGAAAGAGCUUUGUUUUAUGCAGCAGAGAUUCUUUGUGGCUUAGAAGACCUACACAGAGAAAAUACUGUGUACAGAGAUUUGAAGCCAGAAAAUAUCCUGCUAGAUGAUUAUGGCCAUAUUAGAAUAUCUGAUUUGGGUCUAGCUGUUAAAAUCCCUGAGGGUGAAUCAAUCCGUGGAAGAGUAGGAACAGUAGGGUAUAUGGCUCCAGAAGUGUUGAACAACCAGAGAUACACGCUCAGCCCUGACUACUGGGGACUAGGCUGUCUCAUUUAUGAAAUGAUUGCUGGGCAAUCACCAUUUCGUGGAAGGAAAGAGAAGGUAAAGAGGGAAGAAGUGGACAGAAGAGUGCUGGAGACAGAAGAGGUGUACUCCCAUAAGUUUUCUGAGGAGGCCAAGUCCAUCUGUAAAAUGCUCCUCACCAAAGAAGUGAAGCAGCGGCUAGGAUGUCAAGGGGAAGGUGCAGCAGAAGUGAAGAGGCACCCCUUUUUCAAGAGCAUGAAUUUCAAGCGAUUAGAAGCAGGAAUGCUGGAUCCUCCCUUUGUCCCUGACCCCAGAGCAGUGUACUGCAAGGAUGUGUUAGACAUUGAGCAAUUCUCCACAGUGAAAGGAGUUAACCUGGACCAAACAGAUGAUGAUUUCUAUUCCAAGUUUUCCACAGGAUCAGUGCCUAUUCCAUGGCAAAAUGAGAUGAUCGAAACAGAGUGUUUCAAAGAACUGAAUGUAUUUGGACCAAAUGGUACUAUUUCACCAGACCUAAACAAAAGCUACCCCCCAGAGCCACCCAAGAAAGGAUUGCUGCAGAGAAUAUUUAAACGACAGCAUCAGAACAAUUCAAAGAGUUCUCCAAAUUCAAAGGCCACUUUAAAUCGCCACCUAAAUUCAAAUCACGUCAGCAUGGCCCAGAAAUACCUUUUCCCUAUAUUGGUGGUGCUCAGGGAGAGCUUCAGCCACUCUCCCGUGUCAGACAAUGGCAUUGCAGAUCUUCUGGAAGAGGCAAGAUUUUAGAGAGACAGUAAUAGAUGAGAAUUUUGAGUAAUUUUCUCUGAUUCAGCUAUAAACUAAAUCUAUAACGGUUGCAGAUGGGGCUAUUACCUCCAGUUCUGUUCUCAUGGCCUGACAUAAAGCUACCUAUGUCAACAAGAGUGAUCAGUCACUUUAGCACACUUGGGAUGAAGACGUACUUGCUCUGGGAUGUUUUCAUGGGCCUUCUUUAAUGAUAUGUGGGCUUCCACCUGGCUUCAAGAAAUGUAGGUGAGAAGCGGAGGAACAGAUCAUAGCCAGACAACUGAUGUACAUCAGUGUACCUAGACAAGACACACAUCUUAGUUCUUGGAGAGCUGCAAAUGUGCAACUCUGAUCUGUUUCUAUCACUCUAAGACAUCACCUUCUAUCAGUAUUGUAUACAAUAUGCUUGUGCACCGUCAGCUGAUUUCAUCCUGCACUGAUGCUAGGGGAAGGGAGUGCUGCAUCAGGGCUAUAAUGAAAGAUUAAGCUGUUUUUCCACUCCUGCCAUUAUCUCACUUUGCAGGAACAGACAAGCAUAUUUCCCCAUCAGAAAAGCGUGACUGGUAAUAUCUACCUGCCACCAUGAAAUAGGAAAAAAGGCAGUUGGGGGAAGGCUUAGCCCAUUAAUGUUUCAUUGGAUAAAUCUGAUAAAACUGCAGCUAUUGGCCCAAGGGCUUCGUCUCCUACCUGUUACCAAUUUGUCACAUGAAGACUAAAUUUUCUUUCUUUACCAUGUCCCAGCUGGGAAAUCAGAUCUUAAUAACAGCAAACCCCUUUCCUGAAAGCUGGUGAACAAAUGGCAAAUAUCGAUGGUAAAUGGCCUUAUACCUCUUAAAUGCAAUCAGCCUUAACUAGUGGUGGAUGACUUUUUUAUAUGACAUGAAUGACAGCAAAUGUGCCUUCUCCUGCUCUCCUUUCAGCCGAGACAGUUGCUUACUCAGCACCUCUCGGACUCUAGCAGUGGAGAUGCAGGGACAGUGCAAAGUCCUCAACUGAUGAGAGCUGCAUUCAGUGAGUCCUGAUACCUGGAGGACAUUAUGCUAGGGUUAGAUACCCUGAAUUCUCAAGAUGGUGUGGAAGAAAGAUGCUUAUGUGCACUUGAAGCUUCAAGCCUGGGAAGAAGUCCCUCUGGGUCCCAUCCUUGAGAGCAGUGAGUAAGGGGAGAGACAGAAAACAAGACCAGCUGAGGGAGGUUUCGUGUUGCUGCCCUGAAGUGUUGCUAUCCUGUCUGACAAACUUUAAACAGUAUUACAGUGCUGGGACAGCAGAAUUGUACUCUUUCAGUAUCCAAGCCCUGAAAGAUUCAGUCAAUAUCAUACAUCACUAGUGAUAAUGAACAGUCCUAGGAAUCUUCUAGUCAGGGUUUGCCUACAACAACAAAACACACAGGCUUUUCUUUUUUAUUACUUCUUUCUUUUUUUAAAAAUUUUAAAAUAUAUUUUUCAGCUCACCUUGCACUCAAGACUGGAGUAGGACCACAGUCCUCUCACUUUCACUGUGUGACCACGUGCAAUCUGAGCCCAGAACUCAGGGCUAAAGCCCUGCCGAGGCAGUCCCCUGCACAGUCAGGCUUCCAUAGACACUUGGCAUCUGGCUCCAUGGAGCCAAAUUCAGGAAACACUGGGAGACAUGGUUGUUCAGGAGCUCUGAAAAAAAAAACCUUAUAGUUUCAUCAUAGAACCUUGGAGAGCAUUUGCGAUGGUAUUUUUUAAUAUUUUGUUUCAAAGUGAAUAGUUUUUGAGGUGGGUUUGCACAUAACAAAGGAGCAAAAAGGAGUAAUUAUUUAACAUCUUUCCAGACUGAUUAACUUUCUAUAUCUCCUUUCCAAUUACAACAGAAAUUCUUUCCAAAAAACCGCAUACAUUCAGAUCUGUUUGCUUGCUUUAAAUACAGAUGAGCAAACCUAGCUCUUUUUAAGAAUCAGAAGUUUUUUGCAAUCUGAUCCUGAAUUGUGCAAGCAUGUUUUUUAUUUUUAAAUCUUUACUGAGUAGUCUGAUGAACACUAAUUAGUUUACAGGCUUUUAUGAUUCAGAUGUUUGCUAUUCGUUUUCUACAGUGUCUCCAGGUUCACUUAAAUCUUGUAGCAUUUUUUCCCAUCUCUGGUUGGAUGAGAGGCUUUUCUAAACAAAGCCAUAAUGAAGAGGAAAAUAACAAAUAAUAAACUCUUACGUGUGCACUCUUGACCUGGAUUAUCUAAAAAGAGAUAUUUUUACAAGUAUGGCCAUGACUCAGGUGUUGUUUCUGAACAAAAACCUGCUUGUGAAGCUCAAAGUGUGAAGAUAAUCAAACCAAACAGGUACUGGAGAUCAAACUGAGCAUUAGGGAGCUGCAGAAUUCAAUAUCACAGCAUUCAUCUGGCCCUACAGGUUAGGGAUGCCUGGUAACUGGCAGUCCAGAGACAAUACCAGCGUGGUGGGUUGACUCUGGUUGGGUGCCAGGUGCCCACCAGACACUGUGUGAGUCCCCUACUCAGCUAGAUGGGGGGGAGAAAAAUGAGAUUAAAAAAAACCCUCAUGGGUCAAAAUAAAGGCAGUUUAAUAAAAGCAAAAACAGACUGCGUGUGGAAGAAAAAGAAAAGAUUUUAUUAGCAGGCAAUGUCCAGCCACUUCCUGGGAAGCCAGGCUUCAGUACAUGCAGCAGUUGCUCCAGAAGGCAAAUGUCGAAAAUAAUGAAUGCCCCUCUCUCCAGCUGCAGUUGUGCAGGGCUUUUUUCCCCCCUUCCUAAACAUGUUGCCCCAGAAGCACUACUACCGUCACCGAUGGACUCAGCCUUGGCCAGCGGUGGGUUGCCUUGGAGCCGGCUGGCACUGGCUCUAUCAGACAUGGGGGAAGCUUCUGGCAGCUUCUCACAGAAGCCACCUUUGUAGCCUGAUCCCCCUGCCCCAAAACCUUGCCAUGCAAACUUAACACGGCCAGCUAUCCAUAUGAACAGUUUGAUACCAUCUCAGUUUGCAGUCAUCCACUCCCCAGAAACUAUGUUUAAGAGUGCUGUCAGUAGUAGGGAGGCAAACUUGGCUGACCCAGAAAGACGUUUGAUUCAAAGACACUGAUUCUUAAUGUCAUUCAGCCAGACCUCAGGACCCAGCUUGAAUUCUUUGCUUCAUCUGUGAAACCCUCCCAUUUCAAACCCAGUUGCUGUUGAUCUUUUUCAGUAAAGAUGUCUUGCCUAAAAAGAAAACCAGGAAACCAAUCUGUAAUGCUAAUAAAACCAUGGGCAGGACAAGGAAGAGACACAAGCUGUGAGCUCUGGAGGACAGUGUGAAAACUACCAUAAAGUGUGUAUCGUCAGCAAGUGUCUAAUGGCAGUUGUUGUCACACAUCGCUGCACGUUCUUCCUUGGUUCAUCAUAUGUUGCUCACAUUUUUUUGAUUAACCUUGAAAUUGCACACACAGGUCAUAGUAAGCACAGGGUCUGGUCUGUGGCUCAAAGACUUCGUCUCUAUGAGGGUCAGGUGUAGCAGUUUUACCAGGCACGCAGGUAUCCAUUCAGCCUGCGUGAAGGUGUCUGUCUCCAUGUAUCUGAGCCUCAAUCAGGAGAUCUCUAUGUAGAGUUUUCUGGAAGAGCAAUAAAUGCACACUCUUAUAGCGCAGCUGCUUCGUCUUACAGACAUCCGUGGAAUGGGUGGCUGCAGGACCUGACUUCAAUGUGGACAAGAUAUGAGUGUUUUAACCUCUGCUCCACAGUUAGCUGUGAUUUUUUUUUCAGUUUGUAUUUGUAAUACGCACUUGUUAAUUCUCUCAGUGCGGAUGAGAUAAUUCACCAGGCAUUUCUAGGCAUUUCCCAUACAAUCUUUGAGAAGACUGGACUUCGCUUUGAAAGAACAUCCUUGGAUUAGUCUGCCCCUUGGGAUCUAGACCACCUUCCUUCACAUGCAUAGCAUGAAGCACAAAGUAGCCUGCAGGAGCAAUAGAAGUCCAGACUUACAGGCUCUCCUGCCUGAGGAUGGUCCUAGCCUGUUUCAGGCUGCAGGGAAGUACAUUUGGCAGUGAAGUUUGGGAGAAUCGGUCUGUUCAGGGGCUCCAUGGAAGAUAGAAGGUUACAGAAUUGUCUGUGUCAAGCCUUCCACAAAUAUUACCUACAAUUUAAAAUGCUACUAAUUUUUUAGAGUCAGAAUAAUAGUGACUAACACCCUCUUGCUGAAGUUGAGACUUCAGACUGCAUAAGUCUAAAACAAUUCUUCACUUUCAUGUGCUGGGCAGGGCACAAUCUUUUUUUUAAACUAAAUAAUAUUGUUUAUGCAGUGCUGGCUGGUAAUAGUUUUCUGUCCUUAACUGCAAAAAGGAAAGAGAAAGAAAUGGGUUCAAAGAAUUUUGCAAAUUUUUUGCUUUAGGGGAACUACCAAAGAAGGUGGAAACCAAUACAGUAUUACAUGCUUUCCUCCCCCAAAUCUCUCUCUGAUAAUACAAAUACAAGCUGCUGCAGUUGAUCAGCUAAGUCAGUGUACUGACAAAUGGGCUUUAUGAAAGAAACACUUUUAAACAGAUUUCUGUCUAUUCACCAAGAUGAAUAUUAAUGCUGACACAAAUGUAUUCUCCUUGGUUUAUGUACUGGAGCCAGAAGUGGUGGUUUGUAUUCCUAUGCUGCCCAUGUUUUUCUUCACUGCCCUGGGCAAACCUCUGUGCAAUUUUGUUUUCCCAUUCUUGAACAUGGAGGGACGCUCUCUGUCUAUCAAUAGAAAGCACUUUGGAGUCUGUGCAUAAAACAGAUCAAUAUCAACUCGUUGUUGUAUUAUUUAAGUGAAAUAGACUUCAUAUAGCUGCUCUUAUUUACAUGACUAGGGAGAUGAUGCUUUUUUAUUAUUGGUUUGUCUUAGUUCCUCAGAGAUACUGAAACAGAAUGCACUGCACUUCUGUAAAGACAUCUCCAACAGAAGAUGCGAUUACAGUGCACAUGUUAAAUUAUUCAUUUCUUAUUUAAGAGCUAGCUAGUAAUUGCAGCAUUCACACAAACACUUCUUUUUUAUAUUGGAAAGAAACAGUUAUGAGGAAGAGAACAAAAUAACAUUCAUCACUUCUUGGCCAACUCUUUUGGGCAAGCCUGCAAAUGAAUCCCUAGGUUCCAAUUAAGUGAAAUGCUGUGUGAAGUCACAAAGAUGCAUGCAUGGCAAACAUUGGGUCAACUCACUCCCCAGCUAUGGAAACAAAAGAGGCAACCACAUGCCUGGGAUCAACGGGCUCUAAAGGGGAACUCCAGGCUUUCUGAAAAAUCAGUGGUCCUGUAGGGAAGAUUUACUCCCAGAGAAGAAACAUUUCAGGUAGUGGUGGAUGGCAAAUGUGUUUUCCUUUCUCAUCACCCCACACACAGCUGUUAGAUAAGUUUAUUAGCAAGCUCAAACAAGUUAUGUUUCAUGUGUAUUGAAUGCGAUCUCCCUUAAUUGCAUUUCUUUUAAACACUGGACACUCUUCUAAAAGACUUAAUGUUUUAGCCUUUUGAAGGUGAAAGUUGUAAAAACUUUAUUUUGUGUUUCUGAGCAAUGUAGAUAGACCUAAAGAUUUCAUGAACUAUCAUGUGGUUGCCCAUAUCUGACUAAUGAUUAAAUUGUAAAUUUGCAGUUUCAUAUUAGGGUUAGUCUAUUCACCUGCUUUAAAAAUUAAAAAUCAUAUUUGGUAUAUAAACACACACAGAAUAUCCUUCUGACUGAAUUUCAAGAGCAUAUCCAGGAUUAAAUGUUUUUAAGCACUUCUAAUACUGUAGUCUAUAAGAGGAGCAGACACUUCUAAAUCAAUGUUAAAAGUUGUCUUUCAUAACUGAGUCAACAGAUCAUUUUUGUAAUAAAUUAAAGCAAGUGUUCUCAAUUAGAAGAUCUAGUGGCUGUUGGUAUUGUACAAAAAAAAUCAUUCUAGUAUCCAAAGGGUUGGGGGUGGGGAGGGUCUGUUUGGUUUUGUUUCUCUUUCCAGGGAGAUCUUUAACAUUGUUUGAUGAAGCUAGUUUCAUUUUGAGAUUGUUACUGAAGAUAAAGGCUUCUGUGUUCUAUGGCUGCUUGGAUUCUUCGUACAUAAUGUCAUAGUAAUGUCACAGUGCUGCUGUAUCUAGAUCAAACCACUGUUUUGAUUGUUUUUUUGCCUUUGGUUUUUUUUUUAAUAAAUUCUUUAAUUUAAA